AAGAAGAAGAAGAACCUAGCUUGUUACCCAUUUUCGAUUUUUUCGUACAUUUGCGGAAACUUCGCGACAACAACAGCAACGCUCGACAAGAAGAGGUCUAAUUUGUUUAACGUUAUAGUUCAUAGCCCAUACUUGUAGCGCCAUGGUCAAUAUUGGACUCAGCAAAGUCGAUGAUGCAAUUGUGGCAAAGCACCCGGGCUUGCAGCAGUACGUUGCCUGUCAGUCUUAUGCCUUCAUGAAAGGCACAGCAAGCUUCGUACUAGGCACAGUGGGUUUAUUUUUUGGACAGAGAGCACUUCAGAAAAUAAUCAAAUAUCCCCUUCAGUGGAACCUUUUUGUAUCUAUUGUUUCUUCCUCUGUAUUCAGCUAUUCAGUAACUCGCUGGGAAACCAUGAAGUGCUCCGAUGUCUGGUUAUUUCUUGAGACAGGAAAUAUUCCUGACAGAAACUCUGACAAGGAAGAACCACAAACUCCUGCAGAUCCCACAACCACACAACAUGGGGAUGUGCUGGAAUAAAGACCUUUGUGCCAUAGUCUGAGUGGCAGAUAAGAUGAAUUUUAUUAAAUCAGGGAAUUGCAUGUCAUGAUUUCAGUAAUAAGUUUAGCCUUUCAAAUCAAGUGUGUGUGUGAGAGAGUGAAUAAUUCAUAUUUAGGAUGUUUUAUUUCUUAUCUGGUUUGCACAAUAAAAUAUUUUAUGAAAGUUA